GGGGGCGGGCGGCCGUGUCGGUGGUGUCGGGUUUACGGAACAGAGCGGAGGGAGCGGGGGCCGAGCCGGGCCGGGCCGGGAGCCGUCGUCCGCCGUCCCGUCGUGUCCUGAGGUGUCCCCUGGCCGCCCCGGGCUCGCGCCAUGUUCACGCGGGGAUCACGGAGGCGCCGCUCGAGCCGUGGGGCGGCCGAGGCCGAGGAUCCCGACCGAGGGCAGCCGUGCAACGCCUGCGGGGACCAGUGCCCCGGAUUCCUGCUGCACGGAUGGAGGAAGAUCUGCCAGCACUGCAAGUGUCCCCGGGAAGACCACGCGGUGAGCGGCGUGCCCGUGAACCUGGAGCGCAUGAUGUGCCGGCUCAUCUCGGACUUCCAGCGCCACUCCAUCUCCGACGACGACUCGGGCUGUGCCUCGGAGGAGUACGCCUGGGUGCCCCCGGGCCUCAAGCCGGAGCAGGUGUACCAGUUCUUCAGCUGCCUCCCUGAGGACAAGGUGCCCUACGUGAACAGCCCUGGGGAGAAGUACCGCAUCAAACAGCUGCUGCAUCAACUGCCCCCCCAUGACAGUGAGGCCCAGUACUGCAACUCUUUGGAGGAGGAGGAGAAGCGGGAGCUGCGACUCUUCAGCCAGCAGAGAAAGAGAGAGAAUCUGGGCCGGGGCACGGUCCGACUCUUCCCCGUCACCAUCACUGGGGCCAUCUGUGAACAGUGCGGGAAGCAGAUCCGAGGCGGGGACAUCGCCGUGUUCGCCAGCCGGGCAGGGCACGGGGCUUGCUGGCAUCCCCAGUGCUUCGUGUGCAGCAGCUGCCAGGAGCUGCUCGUGGACCUCAUCUACUUCUACCAGGGGGGCAAGAUCUACUGUGGCCGCCACCACGCCGAACGCCUCAAGCCGCGCUGCCAGGCCUGCGACGAGAUCAUCUUCGCGGCCGAGUGCACGGAGGCCGAGGGCCGCCACUGGCACAUGCGUCACUUCUGCUGCUUCGAGUGCGAGGAGGCACUGGGCGGGCAGCGCUACAUCAUGCGGGAGAGCCGGCCGCACUGCUGCCCCUGCUACGAGGCGCGACACGCAGAGUACUGCGACAGCUGCGGGGAACACAUAGGCAUCGACCAGGGCCAGAUGACUUACGAGGGUCAGCACUGGCACGCCUCGGACCGCUGCUUCAGCUGCAGCCGCUGCCGCCGGCCGCUCCUGGGCCUGCCCUUCCUGCCCAAGCAGGGGCAGAUCUUCUGCUCCCGCGCCUGCAGCCUGGGCGAGGAGCCCGGGGCCUCCGACUCGGCCGACUCGGCCCUGCACGGGCCCCGCCCGCCGCCCCGGGACCCCCGGGACGCCCGGCAGCUGGGUCGCUCGGUCUCCUUCAGCGGGGCGGAGGGCGGCCCGCCGGUCCUUCCCGCACGCCGCAGCUGGAGCGGGAGCCCUGCGGCCGGCUCUCCCGUCCGGCCGGGCCCGCACCGGCCCGGGGACCCGUCCUGCUGGGGCCAGCGUCGGAGGACCGAGACCCCGGGCCCCGCGGCCCCCGGUCCCGCGGCCCCGGGCGGCUCCGUCUCUGGGGCGGGGCAGGGGGCCGGUGCGGGGCCGGUGCGGGGUUCGGGGUCGGGCGGCUCCCCGCGGCUCCCGCACGGCCCCGAGGCGCCGUCCCGCUUCCACCGCGGCGGGCCCCACCGCCACUCCAUGCCAGAGCUGGGGCUGAGGAGCGGGGAGGAUGCGGGACGGACCCCCGCCACCGCCCCCGAGCCCUUCGCCCGCCAAGCCGCCCCCCGGGUCAGCUUCCGGGACCCGCUCGUGUCAGACUGCGGGGACGGGGAUGGCGACGGGGCCUCGGGUCCCCCGCGGCGGCGGCCCCGCAGCCCCCCGCCCCGCCCCGAGCGCGGCACCCGCAGGCCCCGGCCCCGCCGCACGGCCCGCCACUCCCGCUCGCACCGCGGCUGGGAUUCGUCCUCCUCCGCCGCCUCCUCCUCCUCCUCCUCCUCUUCGGACUCAGGCGAGGAGGGCUACUUCUUGGGCGAGCCCAUCCCGCUGCCCCCGCACCUGCGCCCCCGCCCGGGUCCCGCAGCCCCGCAGGAGGAGGAGGAGGAGGGCGGGAAGGCGGUGCGGGCCGGGCUGGGCCGGGCGGGCCGGGAGAAGAACUGCAGCGUGGCCUGAGCCAGGGGACCCCAAGGCGGCUCAUCCCCCCUCUCCAUCACCCCCACCUUCCCACCUGAGGCCCCCAAACUUUUCAUGAAAAGGUUAAUUUAACAUUUCUAAUAAAA